AGGACACCAGAAACAAAAUUGUAGACCUGCACCAGGCAAGAAGACUGAAUCUGCAAUAGGUAAGCAGCUUGGAAUAGGGUACCAUUUGGGACGCACUCUAUUCUGCCACUGCAAGUGAGUGGGGGGGUAAUUUUCGUGACUCGGCAUUCAAAGCUCAACUUGUCUGGUUAGAUUUGACAGCUUGUGAGUAUCAUGCUGCUGCUGAACACACACACACAGCAGAGCAAUAUUUUGAAUUACUGUAGCCUAGCUCUCUGUCUAGUUUUGUAAAUAAGAGGUGCAAUGCCAAUCAGCAACCGUCAUUUGCUAAAAGGCUAAGAUUCUUCCGUCUACUUUCACAAGUAAGAAACUCUGAGGUCAAAGGUACAGGAUUCCAUUGCUUUCAGUAGAUGAUCUACAGUGACGGUUCGAGUAGACAAUCUACAGCAAACAGAAAUAGUGACAUCCAGAUAGUCGUUGACUACAACAAUACCUCUAGUAACUACAACAACACCUCUGUUGUAACCGGGUUCUUUGGAGGGAUUUGUAGUUCUUUGUCUGUGUGUUUAUUUUCUUGGAGGGAUAGGGUAGGGCUUAGCUACAGUAGGGAGCGUAUAAGCAUGUCUAAUUGCACUUUGGUUUGCGCAAGCCCUUUUUAUAACCCCUUGAGAAAAAGCCUGCCCUUCCGGGAGAAAAACCGCAGUGUUGUUGACAUGCUGUGUGCUUGUGUCUUUUUGUUGUUGUUUGUUUCCAGGUGGCUGCUGCAGGAACACCAGUCCUGUUUCAGUUCCCCUUUCUAGAACCUUCUCCCAUGCAGGAGACCCACAUGGGCUAAGAAGGUCUGGGCCGGGACCACAGCAACAGCCUGACCAGUCAUUUCCUGCUAGUCACAGGUCCAGAGACUGCAGAGAGCCAAGAUGCACGGCGGUCGGAAGAAAACCAGGGUGCUGUGUGUGAUGAUGAUACUCAAUGUCUUCGUCUUCAUCCUUGUGGGUGUGUCUCGGAACCUGGGCCAGGAUAAGGGGGACCAGCGGAAGCCACGCAUUCCCUCCAAGAGGUUCUGGAAGAAGCAGAUGACCAGCGAGAUCUUCUGGAAUAAGGAGCAGCAGAGGCUGGACUAUAUCUACAACCCCAUCCUCAUGUUGGGUUUGACCAAUGACUCUCUCCUGGAGCUACCUGAUUGGCUCAACGACACCAAGUCCCCGGACCCCUGCCAACCGGACUACAGCGUCACCACCCAGGUGAAGGACUACAACUCCCUGCCACCCCGCUUCCAGGACUUCCUGCAGCACAUGCGCUGCCGCUCGUAUCCGAUGAUCAUGGACCAGCCACACGUAUGCAAGAGCAAACCCUACCUCCUAUUGGCCGUCAAGUCCCUGGCGCCCCACUUCGACCGGCGGCAGGCCAUCCGGGAGUCGUGGGGGCGGGUGGGCGUUCUGGCCAAUCGGACUGUAGCCACGGUCUUCCUCCUUGGAAAUGCCGUGGCAGUCGACCACUUCCCCAACUUGUCUGGGAUGCUCAGCCACGAGGCCAGACUUUACGGGGACCUCCUCCAGUGGGACUACAGAGACUCCUUCUUCAACCUCACCCUCAAAGAGGUGCUCUUCCUGGACUGGUUCAGCCAGCGUUGCCCCGACGCCCGCUUUGUCUUCAAGGGGGAUGAUGAUGUCUUCGUCAACACCUGGAGGAUCUUAGACUUCCUCCACAAUCUCCCAGAGAUCAGGGCCAGGGAUCUGUUCAUAGGGGAUGUAAUCACCAACGCCGGCCCGCACCGGGACCGGAAGCUCAAGUACUUCAUCCCAGAGAGUGUGUUCGUGGGGCCAUACCCGCCCUAUGCCGGCGGAGGAGGGUUCCUGUACUCUGGGGAACUGGCACUGCAGUUGCACAACAUCUCCCAGCAGGUGGCGCUGUAUCCUAUUGAUGAUGUCUACACAGGGAUGUGUCUCCAGAAGCUGGGCUUGGUCCCGGAGAAGCACAAGGGCUUCAGGACGUUUGACAUUGAGGAGAAAUACAGGGGCAACCCGUGCACGUAUAAGAGCUUAAUGCUCGUGCACAGCAGGACGCCGCAGGAGAUGAUCAAAAUCUGGGCCUGGCUCAGCGAUCCAGAAUUGGACUGUCAGUGAGACAUCUACAUGCAUCCCACAUUACACCCUAUUCCCUACAUAGUGCACUAUUUCUGACCAGAGACCUAUGGGCCCUGGUCAAAAGUAGUGUACUAUAUAGGGAAUAGGGUGCCGUUUGGGAUGCAUCCAAUGGGUCUUUGAGCAUUUUUUUGAUGUGUUCUAAGUGCUUUCUUUUGGUUUUUGUGGAAUUCGCAAAAUCCUCGAGGUUCGGUAGCAAUGCUGGGUUCACGUGCUAGUUGGAACUUGCUAAUUAGUUGUAGUUCUACACGUGCCGUGUUCAACCAGUUAGCAAGUUGAACAUUUUUGAGUUUCCUAGUUCCGACUAGCACGUCACAAGUCAAUGUGUUCCAGCUUCAAUAGAAUCAGCUGAUAUAUCUCUAGCAUUCCAAAGUGUUUUUUUACAUGAGCAACCAUUCAUGUACACUCUUCAAGACUGUGUUUGGCAAAUGUAGUAUCAUUAAUAUAAAUGUACUAGUACUGUAUGUACUUUUCAAGCACUAUUGCACGAGAGGUCCUUCAUUUGCAAGAAAUGUAAUUUGCCACAAUAACAGUCAUAUGUGAAAAUCACCUACGAUUGGGAGGGGGAUCCAUAUCUCUUUUAAUAGUAACAAGACAGUUCUUGACACAAACGGGUGCACCUGGCACUUACUACCAAACCCUGUUCAAAGGCACUUCAAUAUUUUGUCUUGCCCUUUCACCCCCUGAAUGGGACACAAACAAUCCAUGUCUCAAUUAUCUCAAGGCUUAAAAAUCUACACUGAUUGAUGUGGAUUUAACAAGUGACAAUCAAUAAGGCAUCAUAGCUUUCUCCUGGUCAUUCUUUGUCAUGGAACGAGCAGGCAUCCUUAAUGUUUUGUACACUCAGUGUGUGUAAAAUAUAUAUAUAUGUUUUACCACACUUAUCGAGCUCCUCUUCUCCGUUUCAUAAACAAAACAAAAACAAUAACAAAUGUGCCUGGGGCGACCAGUGGCUCUAUUUCACCUUAUGCGGAUCUCAGCUUUAAAGUAUUUGUUUGUAUUAAUAAAACAAAAUUGCACAUUUGGUGAAUAAAUAUUUGUUGAAUAAUCCAGAAUUUUAAGGUGUUAGUAGUCCUGUGACCCAGUGUUUUUUUGUAGUGAGAUGUUAUGUGCAGAUCUCUUCCUGUAUACUCACAACAGUGGAGGCUGCUGAGGGGAGGACAGCUUAACAAUAAUGACUGGAAUGGAGUGAAUGGGAUGGCAUCAAACCAUGUGUUUGUAUUUGAUACCAUUCCACUGGUUCAACUCCGGCCAUUACCAGGAGCCCGUCCUCCCCAAUUAAGGUGUCACCAACCUCCUGUGACUCACAAGCUAUAAUGGAAUCAACUGGGUCUGUACUUCCAACUCUAUUUUAUGCCCUAUGUCUGUUUUCUUUUUAUGUUUUCAGAAAUGUGAUGGAUACCUGGAGUAUUUCAAUUUUUUAUGACCGUGAAUAAAAAAAUAUUCAAACAUCAAA